AUGCUUCUAAGCGGUAUCAUCCUGAUGGGAGUGAUCCUUCAGAACCUCGGCCUGGGCUACGUGUUGCCGGCAGCGCAUGAUGAUGAUUAUGACGAUGAAUAUGAUGAUGACAAUGACGAUGAUGAUGAUGAUUAUGAUGAUGACGAUGACGAUGACGAUGACGUUGAUGAUGACGUUGACAAUGACGAUGACGGUGACGACGGUGAUGAGGAUGACGAUGAUGAUGACGAUGAUGAUGAUGAUGAUGAUGCUGACGAUGACGAUGAUGAUGUCAAUGACGAUGUCGAUGACGAUAACGAUGACAAUGGCGAUGACGAUGUCGAUGACGAUUACCAUGAAGAUGACGAUGACAAUAACGGUGGUGAUGAUUAUGCUGAUGAUGAUGACGACGAUGACGAUGACGACCACGAUGGUGAUUUUUAA